AUGCAGCGUCGCCCGCCCGUAGACAGUCAUCGAGCGCGUCGCGGCGGUGCGAGAAUUGGCCCAACGCUCCAGGACACACGUCGAGCCCCACAGCGUAUUGACGUGCCGCCCAAGCGAGAAGUCUGGUGCGCACAGCAAAAUCGAAAUACGAAUACGCCCAAGCGCGGGCUCCAGCCUCGCGUACGAUACGUCGCCGUUAUCUGCGCCGCUGAGCAGGACCCCGGCUAA